UGUUAGGCCCCAAAACUCUCAGUGAUAUUCAUGAGCGUCUCUCCCUCGCUGCAGACCCGGCAGGUCCAGGCUUUGUCCCGCAGUACCAUGUCUUGUGAAGCCUCCGGGGACGCUGUGGCGCAGCCUGAGAACUCUGAGGGCAAAGUGGUGAGGAGAGACGGCGUGUUUCGCUCUGUUGUGCGCGGCCUCCUCUGGCCUUUCAGCAUCGUUGCAAGGGUCUUCCGCGGAAUUGUGUGGGUGCCUCAGCUGAAAAGCCUCUCCUGCUCCGUGGCUUCCAGCCCGGCACGUCACAGCCUCACUGGCCAUAAGCGCCUCUCCCGGUUCACCCGGCUGCUGCUGCGCAUCCUGCCCUGCUGGGCGCAGGCCGCCCUGGGCUACCCGGUGUCCCGCAGCAUUGGGCGUUCGUUGUCCCCAGACGUCAGCGUUUCUCCUACUAAACCAUUUGGAAAAGGCAGCAAGAGAAAAAUAGAUGAGCUUGACGACGACUACGAUGAGGAGCCAUCCUGGGUGAUUGCGCUUUCUAAGGAACUUCCAGAUGAUGAUGACUACUCAAAUGAUCCUGACUACGAGACCACCACAGAAGAGACGGACAGUGAGGAAUUCGCCUCAGACGAUACAGAAAGUAAUCUUGAUAUUUCAGGGAGGGGUGUCAUUAUCGAGGACGUGAACACGGAUGUUGCUGUGCCUUCUGAGGGGUCUACAGCUGUUUAAUUUUUUCAUAUGCUGUGAUUUUUUUGUAUGUUUAUAUAUUUGGUAAUUCAAUAAAACUUUAUUUUGCUCUAA